CGGCGGCAGCUGGUCCCGGCGCUGCACCUGCGGGCGGCCAGCCCCGCUCCCCCUCCUGCUCCCUGAGAGGGUAGCGACGGGACGAGAGUCCUUCGGGUCCUUCGUCUGCGGUGCUCUACGUUUUAACGCGUUUUUACUGGAAAAGAUGAGAUUAUGUCAGAGAUACACCCCCCUCUAUACCCCCCUUUCCAUUACUUCCCCCCCGAUUUCCUUAAAGCGGGAUGCACAAGCAUCCUCAUAAUCGCCCUACUUUAUUCUCCAACAACCAUAAUUUCACAAGUAAGAUCGAGGUUUCCCUGAAUGCAUCGCUGCUCAUGGCUUUCCAGUAUCCAAGUUGCUUUCUCCAGCUGAAUUCUUUAGGCAAAAUACUCACAAGAACGCCUUUCGUCGAAGCACGUCCUACAGCGCUUCUCCCACCACAAACCCAGCCCGCACCCGUGGUGCGUGGAGCAGCUGCACCUGUGCAGCCCGUCAAUAGCCAGCGUUGUGUGCACCCCUUCAGCCUGGAGCAGGCAGAGCUGUGUGGAAAAUGAUCUUUGAGACACCAACAAAUGGAACACAAAUUGACUUAAGCCUACGUAAGGCUGGUGACACGGAAAAAAGGGGAAAUUGGGGAAGCUGUGCUCUGUGCUUUCUGUCUGACGUAACGGGAGUACAUAUUUGAGCAUGCUUGCUACUUAGUAGGAGAACUAAAGUUCAGGCACAAGAGGUUGUAAACUUAAAGAGUGAAUAUGGGUGAAAAGAAGCCAGAACCUUUGGACUUUGUAAAAGACUUUCAGGAAUAUCUUACACAGCAGACUCACCAUGUAAAUAUGAUUUCUGGAUCAGUUAGUGGAGACAAGGAAGCAGAGACUCUUCAGGGAGCUGGGACCGAAGGUGAUCAGAAUGGUCUGGAUCAUCCUUCUGUUGAAGUUUCACUGGAUGAAAACUCAGGAAUGUUAGUGGAUGGGUUUGAAAGGACAUUUGAUGGAAAAUUAAAGUGUCGAUACUGCAACUAUGCCAGCAAAGGAACAGCACGGCUCAUAGAGCAUAUCAGAAUUCAUACAGGACAAGGAGAUCCAAGACCUGAGUGUGGUUUUGCUCAGAAGCAUGGUGAGGAAGCAUGGCAAAGGGCUAAGACAUGGAUUGCAUGGACUAUGAAAGCUCAGAGUGAGAAGCCACACAGAUGCCAUUUGUGUCCCUUUGCAUCAGCUUAUGAACGCCAUCUGGAAGCACACAUGCGAUCACAUACCGGUGAAAAACCGUACAAGUGUGAGUUGUGUUCCUUCCGCUGCAGUGACAGAAGCAACUUAUCUCACCACCGGAGGCGCAAACAUAAAAUGGUGCCUAUCAAGGGUACAAGGUCUUCCCUAAGCAGCAAGAAAAUGUGGGGGGUUUUGCAGAAGAAGACCAGCAACUUGGGGUACAGCAGAAGAGCAUUAAUUAAUUUGAGCCCACCUUCCAUGGUGGUUCAGAAACCGGACUACCUUAAUGAUUUUACUCAUGAAAUCCCAAAUAUCCAGACUGAAGCAUAUGAGAGCAUGACAAAACCAUCCCAGAGCAGCGGGUUGCCAAGAGAUCCACAAGACCUUAUGGUAGAUAAUCCUUUAAACCAGCUAUCUACGCUAGCCGGACAGUUAUCUAGUUUGCCACCUGAAAACCAAAAUCCAGCCUCUCCUGAUGUUGUUUCGUGUCAAGAUGAAAAGCCUUUCAUGAUACAGCAGCCUACUGCACCUGCGGUCGUUUCGGCUGUGUCGGCAAGUAUUCCUCAAAGUUCAUCUCCAACCAGCCCAGACCCCCGGCCCGCACACAAUCAGAGGAACUACAGCCCGGUGGCAGGGCCGAGCAGCGAUCGCAGUGCCCACACCAGUACUCCCAGCAUAAGCAACAGCCAACCAAGUACUCCAGCUCCCACCCUGCCGGUUCAGGACCCUCAGCUUCUGCAUCACUGCCAGCACUGUGACAUGUACUUUGCGGACAAUAUCCUUUAUACUAUUCACAUGGGAUGUCAUGGAUUUGAAAAUCCUUUUCAGUGCAACAUAUGCGGGUGCAAGUGUAAAAAUAAGUAUGACUUUGCUUGCCAUUUUGCAAGAGGACAACAUAAUCAACAUUGAGAACAUGCUUUCAUUUAUUUUUUUUUAACAUAUGACAAUAUAUUUUUCAUACUUGCUGAAGGAAAGCUUGCACGUUCCCCAUAAGGAAUCUUCACGUUAAACAAUUGGAAAAAGGAGGCAAACUUAUUUCUUUGUUGUCAUAAAACUUGCCAGAGGAGUUUUGUAUAACGUGGUUGUUAUUUUAUAUGUAGCCUUUAAAAAAAAAAAGGAAAAAGCAAGUGAAGGUGUUAUAAGAAUUUGAAUGCAUUAAGAUGUUUUGGUUGCUAAAUUUAAGUUGCUUGCACUUAAAAUCCCAAUAAACAUUCUACAGAUGUAGAAGCAGAGCACAUGUCCUGAAACAUAGGAUGCAAUUACGAGAUUAUUUACUAGGCAAGAUAAAAUGUUAACCAUUAACUAUGAAGGGUGAAUGCAAUGACACAUGUGGUUACUUUGGAGACAUACUUAUCCUCAAAAACUUAGCUACUAUCAAGCUAAAAUCACAAACAGAAGCAACUUUCACGUACAAAUUCAAUUGGAUUUAAAAGUUAACUUUAAUCUGAUUAAGGUUAGUAUGUUUUUACUUAGUAUAGCCCAAGCUCUUCAUGCUAGGGCUCAAACACUAUUAUUUUUAAGACACCUCACAAAACUAGAAUAUAAAGGUUAUUGUGAAUUAAACUCUGGUAGGAAGAAAAGUUAAGAGCCUGGCAUUCACUAGUUGACUAAAGAAAAAUUAAACAUGACAACUUGUUUUAAACUACACUUACCAAAAUUUUGUGUCCUUCUUUUUAAAAGGAGGUAAUUCUUCACAGACAGUCAUAAUAGAGAGCUUGUAGAACUAAUACAGAUUCAGUGAGACUUUAACUGCCUUAAACUAAUUUGUACACAUAUUUAAAAUUUGCACAAUUAGUCUUCUGUCUUGCUGAUAGGAGUUCUAACAGAAACAAACAAGAGGUUUACAAAUUAAAAGUAGUUUGUUCGGUUUUAUCUUGGGCUAAGCUACAACUGGUAGGUUGCAUAUAUGUUUGAAAGUUGUGGAAUCUAGGUUGUUGUGAACUUCAGCUAACUUGGAAAUCAGUUUGUCUUGUCCCCUCCCUAAAUUUGUUACCCUUUUGGUGUGCUAGAAAUCAGGGGAAGAGGUUGUGCAUUGUUGUUUUUCUUUUCCUUUUUUUUUUUUUU